AUAUAAAUCGGAAACUUGCUUCUGACGUCAUUAACUCGACUUCGUAACUGUCGACAGGACAGCAGUCAGCGAUGGCCGACCUUGGCAUGAAAGCGGGAGACAAAGUCCUGCUGGUGUGGGCACAGCCGUCAACGCCUGCCGCCUUGAAACCGUACGCAGAGGAACUGGGAGCUGCUGUUGGUGCAGAUGGAAAAGUUUCUGUGGAAAACAUGGAGAGACUGGUGCUUUCUGCUCACCCUGUGUCCACCUAUGACUGGGUGCUCUCCUGCCUUCUGACUGACAGCUCUUCCACCCAUAGUCCAGAAGCUCUAGCAGAGAUGAUCAGAGUUCUAAAACCCGGUGGGAGUUUGGUCCUGGAAGAGCCAGUUACGGCCACAGAAGCACAGAGCGUGAGAACGGCAGAGAAGCUGGUGUCGGCGCUGAAACUGUCUGGCUUCAUGUCAAUAACAGAGGUCAGUAAAUCGGAGCUCACUCCCGCCGCACUGAGCUCUCUCAGGGAGACCACUGGUUACCAAGGAGACGCCCUGUCUCGAGUGCGGAUCAAGGCCUGUAAACCCAACUAUGAGGUGGGGUCGUCCAGCCAGAUCAAACUGUCCUUCGGGAAGAAGACGGCAAACUCGGCAGAGAAACCUGCGCUGGACCCAAACACGGUGAAAAUGUGGACGCUGUCAGCCAACGACAUGAACGACGACGACGUGGAUCUGCUGGACUCUGAUGCUCUGCUGGAUGAAGAUGACUUGAAGAAGCCAGAUCCAGCUUCUUUGAAAGCUUCAGGCUGCGGAGAGGAAGGCGCCAAGAAAAAGAAAGCCUGCAAGAACUGCACGUGCGGCCUUGCAGAGGAGCUGGAGCAGGAGAGUAAAGGACAGCAGAAAGCUGACCUCCCAAAGUCUGCCUGUGGCAGCUGUUACCUGGGCGACGCCUUCCGGUGCGCCAGCUGCCCGUACCUGGGGAUGCCGGCGUUCAAACCAGGAGAGAAGAUUCUCCUCGACACCAACACGCUGACGGACGCUUGAGGUCGCGGCGUCGCCGCCUCUCCUCACCACAUUCCUGUUUCCACAAAGUCUCCGCUAAGGUGACCCAGUCCACAUUUAGAGACGGGAUUUGUAAGUCUGCUUCAUCCACAUGAGGUCGGAUCAGAUCAGAAGUUUGCUCUGACCCAUACGGAUCCAUGGAAGCAGGUUCAAAGCCGUCUGUUUCUUUGUAUCUUUAUGAAACAUUAAAUCCCAUCUUUACUCACAGCAGCUGCAUGUAA